CUUUGUGUUCAGACUGGUAGCAGCCUGAGAAGAGUGCGUGGACAAUACCUAGGAGAGCUCUUGUAGGGAGAGGGAGAGGGUGAGAGAGAGCGAGGAGUGUAGUGGUGAGGAGGAAAAGGGGAGUGUCCUGAAUUGUCUCUCCUUCCGCGAUGUACGAGCGUGUUUCUCUCUCCACUAAUUAUCUGUUUCUCCGGCACUGCUGAGAGGAAGGGCACCUGCUGCUCCCUGAUGAUUCAGCCCCUCUAGGCUGCUGCUUGAGCAGACAAACAGACCGACCGACAGACAGACGGCAUGUUGCUCCUGCCACUGCAGUGCCGGUCUGCUCUGUCCCAUCUGUAGCCGCAUCCUGCCAAUAGCGUUUACACAGCAGCCGGCUCCACUCUUCAAGUCCUCAGGUGAGUGAGCGCACUACUGGUCCUGCCCAGGGAACUGAACCACGCAAGAGAUCUAAGGGAAGACACCUCUUCUGUCUUCUACUUUUGUUGUAGCUCAGAAUUUGAUGUUUCUAUUUCUGGACUUGUUUUCGUGUGUACACGUUUCCCGUGAGAAUGUCGUGAGAGCAAACCUGCGAAGAAAAAGUCUUGUCGGUUUACUUCCCAGACGUUAACAAGGUUACCCCACACUGCCGUGAAAAGCAUCCUCCUUCUCCAUCUCCCACCCAACCCCCACCACUGUGAUCUGAUAAUGGACAACACACUUUACGAUACCAGCCAGCUGCCGUGCUCUUUGAGUUGAGUACAGGCGUCCAGAGAUCCUUCGGUGUGAGAGAGAGAGGGAGAGAGAGAGAGAGCACGAGGGAGGAUGACUGAAGGAGUGGAGGCAGUGGACUCCUCCGCCGGGCUGGUCGUCCUUCCCAAAUCAGCAUCCCCCACCCUCUCCUGCGCCGAUCGAGGACGAGCCCCAGAGGAGGCGGAGUCUGCAGCAGGUGGUGAGGGUGGGGAGGAGGGUGUCGAUGGAGAACCAGCAAGGCCCCUGGGAUUCUUGGGCUUGGCAGGGACCUGCUGUGUGUGCAUAGAGAUGGAACAGGUGCGUGGUUGCCUGCGCUCAGAGAAGAUCUGCAUCCUCCCCAUCCUGGCCUGCCUGCUCAGUCUGGCCCUCUGCACCGCCGGCCUCAAGUGGGUCUUUGUGGACAAAAUCUUUGAGUACGAGCCGCCCACCCACCUGGGCCCAGAUCGCAGAGGACAAGACCCCAUCUAUGCUGACCCCACAAGGGAUCUGCCAUUGUCAUUUCCCCACCCCUCCUCCCCCGUCCCCACGGCGACAACCACCACCACAGGACAGCCUGAGGUCAUAGUAGAGGGAAAACCCACCGGAGUGACUCAAUACACCCCUACCUCUGCAUUGAGGUACCGCACGGGCCCGCCCAACCCAAAACCAGUGAGCAAGGGAAAACCUACCGCCUACUCCCAAACUACUGUGGAAUCUAAUGACAUUAUUGUCCCCAAGUUCUCUGUCACCAGCACCACCCCUGCGGUGAAGACCUCUAGCCAUGUGACGGCCUGCAGCGACAGCGAGAAGAACUACUGCGUAAACGGAGGGGAGUGUUUCACCCUGGAGGUCACCCCCGGCAGCACCAAGUUCCUCUGCAGGUGUCCAAAUGAAUUUACUGGUGAUCGCUGCCAAAACUACGUAAUGGCCAGUUUCUACAAACAUCUUGGGAUUGAAUUUAUGGAAGCAGAGGAGCUGUAUCAGAAACGUGUAUUAACAAUAACAGGAAUCUGCAUUGCACUCCUAGUGGUUGGAAUCAUGUGUGUGGUUGCCUACUGCAAAACAAAAAAGCAGAGGAAAAAGCUUCAUGAUCGUCUGAGGCAGAGCCUACGAAAUGAGAGAAACACCAUUAUAGCUAACGGCCCUCAGAUUUCUAACCCUCCCCUUGAAAACGUCCAGCUUGCCAAUCAAUUUGUGUCUAAAAAUGCAUUGCCUGCGCAGCAUGUAAUCGAGAAGGAAACAGAAACAUCCUUCUCAACGAGCCUGUACACAUCAUCAGCACAUCAGUCCACAACUGUCACCCACACCUCCAGUCAAAGCUGGAGUAACGGCCACAGCGAGAGUGCCCUCUCCGACAGCCGCUCUGUCUUGGUGAAGUCAUCGGGAGAGAACAGCCGGCACGCCACGCCCAGCCACCGGGGUCGUCUGAACGGCACAGGUGGCGCCAGAGACCUGAGUGGCUACCUAAAGAACUCUGGAGACACGCCAGACUCCUACAGGGACUCUCCGUACAGUGAGAGGUAUGUGUCAGCGAUGACCACCCCAACCCGCCUGUCUCCUGUGGAGCUGCUCUCUCCCGUGACCCCGGGCUCCCCUCCCUCUGAGAUGUCGGCCCCCUUGUCCAGCCUGGCCACCUCGGUCCCCUCUGUGGCCGUCAGCCCCUCUGGCGAGGAAGAGCGCCCCCUGUUGUUCACCACCCAGCCGCGCCCCGACCACCACAUCAGCCAGUCUAAGAGGAAGUCUGCCCACUACAACCACGGCCAUGAGGCCCACAGCCCCCCGCCCAGCCCGCUGAGGAUCGUUGAGGACGACGACUAUGAAACCACGCAGGAGUAUGAGGUGGUCGGCUCUGCCGCCACAGUAACGCCCAUUCCCCCGCAGAGCCUUCCUAAGAAACUUGCCAAGAACAGCAACGGCCGCCGGGCCGAUAGAACAAAGCCCAAUGGCCAUGCAGCAGGCCACAACAUGGAGUCCAUCGACCUAGGUAGCAGUACGGAGAGCGAGAUGGAGGAGGAGCGCGUGGGAGAGGACACACCCUUCCUGAGCUUACAGAACCCCAUGGCUAUAGGUGUGGAACCUCUCGCAGAUGGCAGCAGGACUAACCUAGCACUCCGACUCUCCCCACAGGACAACCUGCAAGCCAGGUUAUCCAGCGUCAUCUCCAACCAAGAUCCAAUUGCUGUAUAAAAUGAAAAAGAUAGCUUAGAAAAAUACUUCUCGGAUUCAAAGAAAUGUCACUAUUAAACCUUUAUUUUCUAUAAAUUAAAGUAUUUGCGGGGAAAAUAAUAAAAAAAUAUAUAUAAAUAAAUAAAAAACGUAUUUUAGCGAAGUAGUGAAUAAAGUCUUUUAUAAAUAAAUAAAUGUGUACGUGUUCAUGUCAUGGAAGAAAGUGGAAUAAACUAGUAUGUAGCAAUGGUUCGCAGUAUUUCAAUGGAGAAAAAUAUCAAUGGUGCCUUUUCAUUUCCGUUUGGUGUGCUUAUGGGAACUGCAUGCCUCUGGCCCAUAUAUUCACGACUUUCUGUUGACAUUUCUACUCCACUCUGAAAACAAAAAUAUCCACCAGCACUAUAGUAUGCAUUUACUAUAAUGACCUGUAUGAACUGGUCACUGUAGCUCCUGAAGCUCCAUGCUGUGGCAAACUACUGCAGCUGUGGCAUUGCUUAUGUGUUCAUGGGCAUGUAGUUUUCACCUCAUUUACAGUCCUAACCUACUAACAGAGGUGCAUACAACAAAGUAUUUAGUGUUUAUCUAGCUAACACAACACCCAAAUAUUAUUAUACAGGUUUUCAAGAUUUUCCCACUCAUCUUUUGGUCGAUUUUAAAUGGUAAAAUAACAUUUGAAUUGAAUUUUUUCUUUUUAUUUAAUGCAUUUCUUGGACCAUUAGCUAUCAUAAUAAUAUAUUGGUUACCAAGGCAAUCAGCUAGGAAGAAUGUUGAAUGUGUAAUCUGAUUAACUUGUAUCAAUACGUUGAUACUAGAAGCAUGAAUGAAGUCAAAGUUGAUUUGGAUAUUAUUUUCAGAUAAUUGGGUAACUGUUAGAUUUAGUCUUGGGACAUGUGAUACAUCCCAUUAUUGAAUGAAUGCUCUCUAUAUCUAUCCUCUCUAUAUCUAUUCUCUCUAUAUCUAUCCUCUCUAUAUCUAUCCUCUCUCUAUAUCUAUCCUCUCUCUAUAUCUAUCCUCUCUCUAUAUCUAUCCUCUCUCUAUCUAUCCUCUCUCUCUCUCUAUCCUCUCUCUAUAUCUAUCCUCUCUCUAUAUAUAUCCUCUCUCUAUAUCUAUCCUCUCUAUAUCUAUUUUCUCUAUAUCUAUCCUCUCUCUAUAUCUAUCCUCUCUCUAUAUCUAUCCUCUCUCUAUAUCUAUCCUCUCUCUAUAUCUAUCCUCUCUCUAUAUCUAUCCUCUCUCUAUCUAUCCUCUCUAUAUCUAUCCUCUCUAUAUAUUGCGUUCUAUAUAAUGGAACACAUUUUCUUCUAAAGCCAGAUGAUCAGAUGAGAAGUAAUUUAUGUAUUUAGUCAUCUCUGGUUAAGCAAUACUCUAAGAUUCUUGCUCUCAAUAUCAUGAUUUGCAAGUCCAAAUUGUGGAGAUAUGUACCAAAUGAAUGAUUGUGGAGAUAUGUACUGAAUGAAUGAUUGAAUAUAUGGCUCACGUGUUCAGUCUUUCAACAACACACCCGUGGGUUCCUAAGUAAUGCAUUGUGGGGAUCAAAGCUGAAGCACCAUUUUGAAAUAAGGUAGAUAGCGAGAGCCUUUUCAUUUGUUUCAACUGUGUUUUAGUACAUUAGUCAACUUCAGCUUUUUUUGUCCUUCCAAACAUUCAUGUAAAAUGUUACAUUAUCCAAAGUGUUCCUUUGUGUUCAUAUAGUGCAUAUUUGUUUUCAACUGUCUGACUUUGUGUUAGUACGUAAAGUUAUCUGUGUAAUAUUAUCGACAUUAUCGCCUAUUUUAUUAUAUAGUAAGUUAUAUCCCAAGGAUACGUUUAGGAGUCAUGCUAGACAUGAACCACAGGAAAUAUGGUUCCAUGAGAAGUCGUACCCUGUCGAAGACUCUCACCAAUACACGUUUUCUUUACUAUAUUAUCAUUUUUCGGGCUACAUAACCAAACCGUUAAGAUUCAGUGUUUCCGAAAGGUAAUUUCAUCAAAACAAUCUAGUCUAGUCAAUCUGAUUGUUGCCAGCAUUGGCAUGACACUGGUAUAAAGGCUUUUUUUGGCCCUAAAGUAUACUGUUUCUAAUGAUGUCCCAAUCUGAAAUUUAUCAACUUUUUUUUUUUGUAUUUAUAUUAUUUAUUUAUUUAUUGUUUAUUUAUUUUGUGGGCCUUAUGUUAUCUUUUAAUUACAGAUUCUAUAUUUUAAUCAGUGUUUUAUAUAUUUGGUUGGUAUAUAUUUGAAAAGAUCGGAACUUUUAUCUUUUAUAAGCAUUGUGUUUGCCUUUUAUAUAUUUUGACUUCAUUAUGGGGUCAAAUCUCUCUUUGCCUCUUAGCAUUGAUAACCGCUCUGUUAUUCAACAUAUAAAAAAUAUUAAAAUCUAAAAAGGCACAAGUGUACACUGAUUAGCUGUGUUUAGAAACCAGAACUAAAUCUCCCGUCAAUCUCGGCUUUACAUACCCCAUGAUGCAUUGCUUCCAAACCAAGGUGUCUUUCGAUUUUAUGUAAAUACACCAUGAAAACCUUGAGUACUUUUUUUUUUGUAUUAAAAUAUUAAACCAAUGUUUUGUGUUUGUUUGAGGGCCACCACCUCAAAGCAUUUGUCUCUGUCCUAAAUAUUUUCCAUAACCGUACAUAUUAUGCUAAACUUUUUUUGUAGUGCUCGUCUCCAUACCAAUUGUUUCAUUAACAUGACUGCAGUUGUACGCGUAUGUAAGAUCAGCACACUAACUUGGUUGUUAAAAUAAAGGCCAAAACUGA